AUAGCCAAAAUAUUUCUUGGCUUGCUUUGUCCUGGAUUAUAGGAGGGCUUUUGAUUUUUGCUACGUACAUGUACUUGUGCGCUGCUCGCUUCAUGCACUUGCAACUUAAAAAUAAGUUAGAAAAUACUUGCACUAAGAAUUUUCAUCCCUUCAUUGGAUGGCAGACAAGAGCCAGCAUCUCUAAAGCCAGAAAAGGAAAGGCCUGCCUUAUACAGACAGCUCUGUGCCCUGACACAAUGGCUCCAGUAUAAAGUGUUGCUUGACCGGAGCUUGAAAGCAACAGAACAAAGAAACACCAAGUGACCAUUUUUGAGACCAAAGAGGCAUCAAAGUCAUCUUGUGAUGGAGAAAUUUAAGGCUGCUCUGAUGCUAGCACAGGUCGGGGAUGCUCUGGGCUAUCGAAACUUCACCCGGGAAAACAAUGCUUUAGGUGCAAAGAUCCAAGAGGAACUGAAGGAAAUCGGAGGACUUGAGAACCUAGUGCUGUCCUCUGACAAAUGGCCAGUGAGUGACAAUACUCUUAUGCACAUGGCUACUGCUGAGGGUCUCACUACAGAUUACUGGUGUUUAGAAGACCUAUAUCGGGAACUCGUAAAGCGUUAUGUUGAUGUCAUUGACAAACUUCCUGAAAAAUGGUCAGAUCCCGCUACUAUUGAAGGCUGCUCACAGCUGAAGCCAGACAACUACCUCCUGGCCUGGCACACACCAUUUAAUGAGAAAGGUUCCGGGUUUGGUGCAGCUACAAAAGCGAUGUGCUUAGGGAUGAGAUACUGGAAGCCCGAGAGGUUGGAAACUCUCAUUGAAGUGAGCAUUGAAGUUGGAAGGAUGACUCACAAUCACCCUACAGGUUUUUUAGGAUCAUUGUGCACAGCUCUGUUUGUCUCAUAUGCAAUACAAGGCAAGCCACUUGUGCAGUGGGGAAGAGAAAUGAUGAAGGUUGUUCCCUUGGCUGAAGAAUACUGCAAAAAGACCAUUCGACAUAUGGCAGAAUAUCAGGAACACUGGUUUUACUUUGAAGCAAAAUGGCAGUUUUAUUUGGAGGAGAGAGAAAUCACUGAAGAUAAUCAGAAUAAACCUCUAUUUCCUGAAAAUUAUGAUGCAGAGGAGAGAGAAAAGACUUAUAGGAGGUGGAGUUCUGAAGGCCGUGGUGGCAGGAGAGGUCACGAUGCUCCCAUGAUUGCAUACGAUGCUCUCUUGGGCUGUGGUGGUGAUUGGACUGAGCUUUGCAACCGUGCCGUGUUUCAUGGCGGUGAGAGUGCAGCCACUGGAACUAUUGCUGGCUGUUUGUAUGGAUUGCUUUAUGGCCUCAACAAAGUUCCAAAAAGCUUGUAUCAGGAUCUUGAACAAAGGGAAAAGCUGGAACACUUGGGAGAGGCUAUUUACCGACUGGCUACCGAGGAAAAGUAAAGAUGUUUUUGCUGUAUUAUCUUUUUAAAAUAAGUAUUAUAACACACCCUGUAGCCAAAUUCAUAAAAACCAGAUCCUGAACAUAUUUUUAACACAUGAAAAUGAUUCAGACCUAAAGGCCACUUCUCAAAGAGCAUUUGGGCAAGUGUGCACAUAGGUUUUUAAAGGAUACACCUAAAAAUAUAAUGUGAAUGUGCCAGUUACCAGUGUUUGGAAAUAUGAGUAUCAUAUAGGUGCAUUCAUUAGAUGCCAGAAACUGACGCAGCUCCCUGUUGAGUAUGACCUUGGUUAUAAAACAGGAUUUGCUACCAUGUAAUGAGAAGCAAGGUCCAUAAACUUAACUAUAACAACAUUACUGAAGGCAUUUAUGAAAUGGGUGUCUCAUUUGUAACCCCAUCACCAUUUUUGAGUUGUUAUCAGUAACAGUGUAAUCCUAAGCAGUGUUGUGCCAUUCUACGGCCAUUAAAGUUAACAGGUUUACAGGAAUAUUAACUCUGCUGAGGACCUCACUUUGAUUAUAGCCCUUUUCAGUUGUUAAAUUUAGAGGGGAUGCCAAGCUAUGCAUACUGGGACCACAUGCAACCUGCAAUCCUCCUGAUAUGCUUGGUUGCUAUUUCAUCUGAAUACAAUAACCGAAAGGGUUUUGGGUAGCACAUACUGAAGCAGAAAAUAGGCACAGUCCAUAUUCAGAUGGAAUGGAGACCGUGCAUAACAGGAAGAUCAUGGGUGGCCUAAAGUCCCAGUAUGUGUAGUUGGAUUCCACACACACACACCCCACACACACCCUCCCCAGGUAAUGACUGUGAAGGACUUUACAUGCAAAAUUAAUACUGUUUGCCCACUUAUUUAAGCCAAACUAAUUUGAUCACCCUUAUGAGAUUCUUUUCUCUGUUGUAAUAAUUUCAAUGUAGUAUUUCUGUUUUCCCCUCACUUCCUUAAAUUUCUAUGGCACCACCUAACUCACAAAUUCAGUUAAUGUUUUUUUUAAAAAAAUGAUUUUAUUGGGAAAAUAGAAUGUGUGAAAAACUCACUACAGAAGGUGACAAAAUUACAAAAUCAAGUUACAUAAAAAUAUACAUCGCAUUAUACAGAUCUUAAUAGUUAACAAAGUAUAAUUUAAAAAACGAUGAUUGCGAAAGGAAUAUGGAAAAUGUUCUUUCUUUAAAAGUUUUUCCAAUACCGGAUACCACUUAUUCAGGAAAUUUGACUCUGACAUAAGAUACUCAUGUGACCUCCUAACAUCUGCUAUUUUGUCGAAGAUUAUAUAAUCCCUCAAAUUCAGUUAAUGUUGAUCCUUUCUUAAAACUGCAGUCUGAAAUUAAAGCCAGCACCAGGAAGUUGUCCAAGGAAUGGCAGUGCACAAAGAUAUGCAAAGAUAUGUGCAAACAGAUAUUGCAGAUCAUUUUAUAGAUUUCUGGUGUUUUUUAAAAAAAUCCUAGACGAAACUUUUAAAAAAUGGGUGAUUAAAAUAAUUUGUAAAUAAAUUAAUCUUAUGCCUCUUCAUAAGCAUCUUUCUUUAUUUUCACCACGGCGCUUAUUGCAUGUUAUUGUGUCCUUGCUGGAAUUCUUGCUUGCACUUGUUAGCAGGGCACUGUUGGUCAAGGUUAGGAUGAGUUUCAUGUAACCAAAAAUUUGCCCCAUUAAGAAGUCUGAGAUUUGGUUGUGGGACAGGAAGCAAGUGGAAAAGAUAGUGGCAUAGAAAGGGAUUUAA